CAACAUGAAGGGAUUUCUUAUAAUAAACAGAAUAAAUGACAUUUUGUUCACCGAUUGCGAUGAUGAUUUUAUACGCAAUAUCAACAAUCAGGCCAUAGAGGCAGGAUUACUUCAGGUGGAAGACAAUGAUGGGACCUUGAAUCAUAAUAUCAUUAUGCAGCUAUUCUCCCCACUGUUUAUGUCACAAUGGUUUCUUAUCGAUCACAAGAAGAACCCCUGCCUGUCAAUCACCUGUGAGAAUGACUACCUCUUUGUCUUCAAACAGUUUGAAGAUUUGCUGUUGAUUGUGAUCAAUGGAGAUCAGACAGAGACUGAAGAGUUCCUACAUCGCAAGGUCUGUGUGUUUGUACGACUCAUGGAGUUCCUGUUCGGGCCUGCCACUGAAGAGUUGGGGCACAGUAAGUUUGCAGACAGAAGUGACCGAUGGGAUUUCGUAAGAGGUGUUUUGUCUACUUACAAGCAACUUGUUAUGGAGGAGCAGUCAUUUCUUGUUGAGGCUAUAGAGAGACUACAGGUGAACCAGGCAGUCAAUGUUAAGUGUAUGGAACUGCUCGAGUCUGCCAUUAAUAAGAUACAGAAGUCUGGAGAAAAGGCAACACAUCACGCUCUUCUUAUUGUCAACAGUAAACUACUGUCUCUGUACUCAGAUCGUAAUUCAGCUGAGCUUCAGGCAGCUGAUACUUUGUCUAUCAUACUGUUGGUUCAGCAGAUGUUUCCUAAUGAUGAGAAGCUAGAGGACUUCUUUGCUUACUCCUGUCGUAAACCUGAUCCAGUAAAACCAAUGGAAGAGAUCAAAAGUCCAGCUUCAGUCUGUACCUACCCUUCCCACACAGAUCGGUACGAGAGUGCUCUGGAGGGGGAAGAUGAGGAUUUUAUUGAUGAUGCUGAUGACCAGUAUCAGAGUGCCAGAGAUACUCCUCCAGUAGGUAAAAAGAGGGAAUCCUUCUCUACAGCCACAGGAAGUCCCUACCCACAAGUCUCUGAGAUGGGAGAGGAGUUCCCUACAACAUCUACUGACACUGAUUUUAAGUGUUGGCCAAAGGGAGAACACAGACUUAAUGUUCCCCCAUUGCGGGGUCGAAGUCGCACUAGUGAAGAUGUGCACACUGGCAUGUCAUCGUGGAGAAGUUUCUUUGGUGCAGGGCGGGCAAGGAGUGCAAAUAUGAUGGAACACUCUUCUUCAAUGUCAAAAUCAGGGGACGGAUCUAAGUCAGAGAGCAUGAAAUCCCUGGAGGAUGACACACCACCCUCUAUAUUAACAGCCCCACAAAGAACAGAAAAUGAAAGUUAUGUUAGACAGAUUGUGUUCCUGUGUACAGAGACCUGUUCCUUCUCACCACAUCAACUUCACUGUCUACAAAUCUACCCAGGCAUGGUGUUAGUCCUCGUCAGUCAGGUACCUUGGGGUGGACAUGCCGACAAACUCAGCCAAUUACUGUUGCUUCUGAAAGAUUUGUUGUCAGGACGAAGAACGAGGGUGCACAGAACGCAAGGACAGGAAUUGUUUGACAUGAUCACUUCCCUCCUCAACAAACUCCUACCCACAAUGAAAAAGAUUAAGGGUAAUAUUGCUGUGAUUUUCAACAAAAUACGAGCAGGUUGGGACAAACCAGAGUUUAAGAAUUUGCUGUUGGAAUACCUGGAAAACACCACCUAUACAGAGAUCCCACCAAGUGUAGAGCGUUCCUUGAACUUGCUGCUGAAGUGGGUAAAGGAGCUCUUCCUCUACAUGUAUCUCCUCCCUCGAGACGUUUCAUCGUCAAUCUUAGAAGCAGUUAAAGUCAUACACGAGAAAGCUAAGGUCAAACUUCGUGACUACAAAGAAUAUCUUGCUGUCAAGGCCCAGCGCAACAUUACUAUGACAACAUACCUGGACAUGUUCCCAGGACUUGUACACUUUAUUUACAUAGACAGGAAGACAAACCAAGUAAUGGCACCCUCCCUCAAUAUCACCACUGGUGAGGACGGCACAGUCUCGGAUGCCACUCAACUCCUCAAGGACAAGAUUUGGAAAAUGAUUGAAUGGGUCCAGCUCAAGCUGAAGAAUGGCAUUACCAUGGUGACAACAAGAGAUGGCGACUACCAUUUUUCCUAUUUCCUGUGGUUUGAAGAUUGCAAUGGCACCCAAAUGCCAGUUCAGUGCCAGUACCAAGCCACUUUGGCCCAGUCUCCCCCAGGGAUCCUGUCGGGAAAUUUCUAUCGCAACUUGACGCGAGAGUCCUUCCCAAAUGUGGUACCAGGUUCUGUCAACUGUUAUGAACUGAUGAUGAUGCACGUCGGCCUCGUACAUACCCAGUACAUAGUAAACCAUUGUCAGAAACUUACACGUAUGAUGUGGGAAAUAUCUGGAGACCCAUACUCUCCCAUGAGUCUUGUGUGGUGAAUGAAUGAUAAAUUUGGCGGACAACUGUCAAGAUCAAGUAUCAUGUGCCAGAGAGAUAUUUCAGAGACCCAUUUCCUCUCAAAGCCUGAUGUGAUGUAUGGAUGACCAGUUAAGUGAAUACUGUGAUUUUUUGCACAUCAGUUUAAUGCAGUAUCUAAUCAGUGGAUCUAUGAUACUCUUAAGACUAAAGUAAAAAUGUUUAGAUAUAACAGUGUUGAAUUCAAACAUUGAAAAUUUUUACAUAUUUGAUUAGUGCAAUAGCAACAUGUUUCUGUGGUUAAAUUUCAUCACUAUGUUGAUUUUAUUCCAAAAAGUCUUCGCCAUAUAUUUGUGUUUCAAUCUUGUUCUCAGUAAUGAAGAAAUGUUUCACAUAAGAUGUUAUUUCCAGUCAGCUUUAAAAUGUAAGGAUUCCAUUAAAGUUCUACUUUCCAGACAUAUCAGCAAUUGUUUAUCACAGACUUACAUGAAUUUGCUUUUCUAUCCUUUUAAGAUGUUAAUUGUGGCUAAAUAGACAUUUCAUGGAUUAACAGGGUGUAUUUGUAGAAAAUUUUACAACAAUUUGGCAGAGUAAAACACGAUAUAAAUUUAUGUAAAUUAGGGUAUUCCAGUUGACCCUUGUAUGUUUUAGACUCUGAUAAUAAGUUUUGACUCCUGUGUUUUAAGGAAUAUGCCUACUUCACAAUGUUUUGACUCUUCAGAGUUGUAAUUGAACUUUAAAUAUUACAAAAUGUAAACUGUAAACUGUAAACUGAAUUGUAAACAGUGAAAUAUGAGAUUUCCUCAAAGUUGUUAUACAGUGUAUAAGAUACACAAAAAAAGAUACUCCACAGUUAAGUUUUCCACUGGUUACAUCAUACAAGGUAGAUAUACAAGUCUACGCUGUCUUGAUAUCAGAAUGUUUCUUCAAGGCAUAGUGUUAAUUGACCUUUUUACAAUGUUAUAUAAUAAAAUAUAUUUUUAAAGUA